UAUCGAUCGCUGCCUCCCCACCACCGGCUGGCAGCCCCCAGCCCCGCGGCUCCGGGCAAGGGUGGGGUGGCCGGGAAGGGGCCCCGGGUGAGGUCGGGGUCCGUUCCUCCCCCUCCCCACCCCCUCGGCGGCCAAAGUUUGACUCUGCCUCCCUCUCCCCCCCUCUCCUGUCUGUCUGUCUGAGUGCAGCUGGGCGCGAUGCUGAAGACGGAGCAGCCCUGGAUGUAACACGCGGCGCCUCGGAGAGCCCUGCAGCAAUUGUUGCCCGGAUCUCAAGCUGAACUUCGCUCUAUUUUUUUUUUUUUCCCUUUUAGAUUUUUUUUCCUUUUUUUUUUUUUUUUUUUUUUUUUUCCUUUCGCUUUUUGUUGUUGUCGUCGCCGUUAUUGUUAAUUACCAACCCGCUUCCGCCGCGCCCUCCCCGCCAAUGCCUGUGUGAGCGCCGGCACCUCGCGGGGGCCAUGGAGGGCUCCACCGGCUUCGGGAUCGACUCCAUCCUCUCGCACCGAGCCGGCAGCCCGGCCGUGCCCAAGGGGGACCCGCUGGUGGGCGACGGCCGCUCCCCGCUGGAGCUGAGCCCCCGCUCGGAGGGCAGCAGCGGGUGCCCCUCUCCGCGUUCCCCGGAGGCGGCGGUGCGGCCGGGCCUGGACGCGCACCUGCAGCCGGGGCAGCUCUCGGCUCCCUCCCAGUCCCGAACCGUCACCUCCUCCUUCCUCAUCAGAGACAUCCUGGCCGACUGCAAACCCCUGGCCGCCUGCGCGCCUUACUCCAGCACCAAUGGACCUCACGGCGGGCAGGAGGCGGCGGGCAGGAUCCCCACCAAACCCGGAGAGGACUUUAGGGAGAAAAUGGAAAAAACCACCAGCAGCUCCUCCUCGGACUCCGAGUACAAAGUGAAAGAAGAAGGGGACCGGGAGAUUUCCAGUUCCCGGGACAGCCCCCCGGUGCGGCUGAAAAAGCCUCGCAAAGCCCGCACCGCCUUCACCGACCACCAGCUGGCCCAGCUGGAGCGCAGCUUCGAGAGGCAGAAAUACCUGAGCGUGCAGGACAGGAUGGAGUUGGCCGCCUCCCUCAACCUCACCGACACGCAGGUGAAAACGUGGUACCAGAACAGAAGGACCAAAUGGAAAAGGCAGACGGCGGUGGGCCUGGAGCUGCUGGCCGAGGCUGGCAACUACUCAGCCCUGCAGAGGAUGUUCCCCUCGCCCUACUUCUACCCGCAGAGUUUGGUCUCCAACCUGGACCCCGGCGCCGCCCUCUACCUGUACCGCGGACCCAGCGCUCCGCCCCCGGCCCUACAGAGACCUUUGGUGCCCCGCAUCCUCAUCCACGGACUGCAGGGCGGCAGCGAGCCCCCCCCGCCCCUACCCCCGCUGCCCGGCGUUCUGCCCCGGGCCGCGCAGCCCCGGUGAGCCCCGGCCCCGAUCCCCGGGCGUGGGGGGGGCCGGAGAGGGCCAGCCCAGCCCUGGGGCCUCGAGCAAGCGAAAGACUCCC